AUGGAAGCCGCGAACCUCUCGGUGGCCACCGCAGUUCCCCUGGGACCUGAGACCUACAAUGGUAGCACGGGGCCCGGCGGGGUCGUGGGGUCGAGCCCGGGUGAUGCCGUCCUCCCUGGCCGGGCGCCCCCAUUCUCUGUCUUCACCGUGCUGGUGGUAACGCUGCUGGCGCUGCUGAUCGCUGCCACUUUCUUGUGGAAUCUGCUGGUGCUGGUCACCAUCCUGCGCGUCCGCACCUUCCAUCGCGUGCCGCACAACCUCGUGGCCUCGACGGCCAUCUCGGACGUGCUUGUGGCAGCCGUGGUGAUGCCAUUGAGUCUGGUGAGCGAGCUGUCGGCGGGGAGGCGGUGGCGUCUGGGCCGAAGCCUGUGUCACGUGUGGAUCUCCCUCGACGUGCUGUGCUGCACCGCCAGCAUCUGGAACGUGGCGGCCAUCGCCCUGGACCGGUACUGGACCAUCACGCGCCACCUGCAGUACUCGCUGCACGCCCGCCGCCGCGCCUCGGCGCUCAUGAUCACGCUCACCUGGGCCCUGGCGGCACUCAUCGCCCUCGCCCCACUGCUCUUCGGCUGGGGCGAGGCAUACGACGUGGGGAGCCAGCGGUGCCAGGUGAGCCAGGAACCCUCCUACGCCAUCUUCUCCACCUGCGGCGCCUUUUACCUGCCGCUUGGCGUCGUGUUGUUCGUCUACUGGAAGAUCUACAAGGCGGCCAAAAUUCGGUUUGGUACCUGCCGCCGAGGGGCUGUGCUGCCGUUGCCCGCCACCGUGCAGGUGAGGGAAAGUCCACAAGACUCUUAUAUGGUGUUCACAGCACGUUGUCGAGCAAGUGUGCCGUUCCAGGCAAGUGGUGAGUCAUGGAGAGAGCAGAAGGAGAAGCGAGCAGCCAUGAUGGUGGGGAUUCUGAUUGGUGUGUUUGUGCUGUGCUGGAUCCCCUUCUUCCUCACAGAGCUCAUCAGCCCUCUCUGUGCCUGCAGUGUCCCCCCAAUCUGGAAAAGCAUAUUUUUAUGGCUUGGGUACUCCAAUUCUUUCUUCAACCCCCUGAUUUACACAGCAUUUAAUAAGAACUACAACAAUGCCUUCAAGAGUCUCUUUACCAAGCAGAGAUAAAAGGAGCUGGAGAAAUAUGUGAGCAGUUGUAUUUCCUUUCACCAAUGAUGUAGAAACCGUCACUUCACAAUUGAACACUAAUGAUGUUUUAAGAAUCACAUCAUUGGGCAUGGGCCAUAGAGAGCUCUGUGUCUUUGUGAGAGCUCUCACAAAGACAGAAAAUGAAUGACAACUGUGCAGUUUUGCCUUCUACAUAUGUGCUUACCUAUGUACACAGCAGACAUCACUAACUGAUCAUGGAAUUCUUUCCCACUGAGUAGAAACUCCACCUCUGAAUCUUUUCAGAAUAACAUCUUAGGUAGUUACUGCCAAUUGGUUAGAAUUGAUGCAUCAAAGCUGAUUUACCUUCUCUUUGUCUAAUACUGUUUCUCAGUAAGGGUCUUUCAGGUCCAUCAGGAGACUGUUACCUUGUGAAAGACCCAGCUACCCGUUUUCAACCAGACUUAGCUUGGCUUUCUUAGCACCUUAAAACAUCCCCAACAAGAUAGUGUACCUCAGUUUGUUAGAUGCAACCUAUACUACUGAGUCAGAUUCUUAAAGAGGAAGUCUGGUGAUAUAGUACCAUGUUUUCAGUGAUUUUAGUUUUUAAGUAGUGGGCAAUGCCACUAGAUACUUAGGUUGGUCUUUAGACUGGUUAAACUAGAAUUCUCAGUGACAUAAGCAGCAGCUCUUAAAGUUCAUCACAUGAUUUCACUGUGGCUAGAGGUGAGAACUGCUGGUGAGGGGUGUGUGUGUGUGUGUGUGUGUGAAGUCCUAGGGCUAGAACUCAGGGCCUGGGUGCUGUCCCUGAGCUUUUUUUUCCCCUCAAGG